UCUCCACACAGUGUCGCUAGCUUCCUGCUCUGAAUAGCUUAUUUUGUGACUUGGCGAUGCUCCUCCUUUUUUCGUGGAAGGGGUUUUGGCCAGUCUGUCACUGGGCUUUGUUCCCGACACGCCAUUGUGUACAAAUGCUGUGUAGCAGUGGUUCGUUUAAAUGGUUGCUUUGAGCUCUACGGAUGGAUUUUCUUCCAACUGCGGCGUUGGGAUAAGAUGGCUUCCUCUGUGGGACAAAGGCUUCGACCGUGGAUAUGUUUAUUUCUUCUUCUUCAUUGCUGGAGUGCCGCGGAUGGGCAGGUCGUGUAUUCACUGUCAGAGGAAGCGAAACCAGGCACCGCGAUCGGAAAUCUGGCAAAGGAUUUAAACAUUAAUUUGCAGGACAUUGAGCGCCGAGGACUUCAGAUCGUGUCGGCAGAUAAUAAGAGGUAUUUCGAUUUGAAUUUGAAGACGGGAGUUCUUUCCGUUAAGGACAGAAUAGACAGAGAGGAGCUAUGCGCACAGAGAAAGAAAUGUUCCAUAGCGAUAGAGGCUGUUGCUAAUUCGCCACUGAAUAUUUACCGAUUUGAACUGAACGUAUUAGAUAUUAACGACAAUUCACCGACAUUUCGGACAGCAGUAACGGAGUUAAAUGUUGUUGAAUCAGCUUUUCCAGGAGAGAGAUUUCCUUUACCGAGUGCGUUUGACGCGGAUGUGGGCAGUAACUCGGUAAAGAGCUACAAGCUGAGCCCGAAUGAACACUUCUCUCUGGAUGUGCAGAGCGGAGGAGAACACAGUGUAUCUGCUGAAUUAGUGCUGCAAAAAGCUUUAGACCGAGAGAAACAGCCUGUGGUCCAGCUCAUACUGACCGCCGAAGACGGAGGAAAACCUCCGAGAUCUGGUACGCUGCAGAUUACCGUACAUGUAGAAGAUGCUAAUGAUAACAUUCCUGUUUUUAAAAAAUUCCUUUAUAAAGCUCAAGUGCAGGAAAAUGCACCGCCUGGCACAACCAUUGUUAAAGUUCACGCCAGUGAUCCAGAUGAGGGUCUUAAUGGUGAGAUUAUUUAUGGAUUUUAUAAUCACGAUAAUGAUCAGGACAUCAAUGCAUUUUCGAUCAAUUCCGAAACGGGAGAAAUCACAAUAAAAGGUGAGCUUGAUUAUGAGCGGAAGAGCGCCGUUGAAAUUCGGGUCCAGGCUAAAGACAAAGGACAGCAGCCGAGAGCUUCGCAUUGUAAAGUCUUGGUUGAAAUAAUUGAUGUCAAUGAUAAUGUUCCAGAAAUAUCGGUUACGUCAUUAGUGAACAAGGUUAAAGAGGAUGCUCAGGUAGAUACAACUGUUGGAAUGAUAACAGUGAUAGAUAAUGACUCUGGUAAAAACGGUCACGUAAACUUGAAAAUGAUCGGAUCUGCUCCGUUUAAGAUACAAAAUACAUAUAAGAAUUAUUACACUUUAGUUGUAAAUGGACCUUUAGACAGAGAAAGCACGUCACAGUACAAUGUGACGGUUAUAGCGACAGAUGAAGGGACCCCACCUCUCUCCAGUUCCACAGUAAUUACUGUGCACGUUUCUGAUGUGAAUGAUAACCCGCCCCGCUUUCCAGAGCCCGUCAUUAAUGUUUAUGUGAAAGAAAACAGUCAGAUAGGAGCUGUAAUUCAUACAGUAUCUGCUUUUGAUCCUGAUGUAGGUGAGAAUGCCAGAGUAACAUAUUCAUUACUAGAAAGCUCUAAAAGCUCCUCAGUAUCAUCUCUGGUGAACAUAAACUCUGACAGUGGAGAUAUUCACAGCUUACAGUCUUUUAACUAUGAAGAGAUGAAAACGAUUCAGUUUAAAGUUCAGGCCACAGACUCUGGAGUUCCUCCACUGAGCAGUAACGUGAGUGUGAACGUUUUCAUCCUGGAUGAGAAUGACAACAGUCCCGGGAUUCUCGCGCCCUAUUCUGAGCACGGCUCCGUUAACAGCGAGAACAUCCCGUAUUCUGCUGAAGCGGGAUACUUUGUGGCCAAGAUCAGGGCUGUAGACGCCGAUUCGGGUUAUAACGCGCUGCUUUCUUAUCACAUCUCUGAACCCAAAGGAAACAACCUGUUCCGGAUCGGAAGCAGCAGCGGGGAGAUCAGGACUAAGAGGAGAAUGAGUGACAAUGACCUGAAAACCCACCCGCUGGUCGUUGUGGUCUCUGAUAGCGGAGAGCCCUCACUGUCAGCCACUGUGUCUGUUGAUGUGGUGGUGGUCGAGAGCACAGGUGACAUCCAGACUCAUUUCAAACACGCUCCGAUGAAGGAGGAGAGCUUCUCGGAUCUCAACCUGUAUCUGCUGAUCGCCACUGUGUCGGUUUCCGUCAUCUUUUUACUGAGCCUCAUCAGUUUAAUAGCAGUAAAAUGCUGCAGGACAGACGGCAGUUUCAGCAGGUACAGCGCCCCAGUGAUCACCACACACCCUGAUGGGAGCUGGUCUUACUCCAAAUCCACUCAGCAGUACGACGUGUGUUUUAGCUCCGACACUCUGAAGAGUGACGUAGUGGUUUUCCCGGCGCCAUUUCCGCCUGCAGAUGCGGAACUGAUCAGUAUUAAUGGAGGAGACACUUUUACCAGAACUCAGACUCUCCCUAAUACAGAGAAGGUAAGAUAAAUUAGUUGUUAUGCAUUUUACUUUGCUGCGUGAAAAUUUCUAUUCGGUAAACUUGCUGCUAAAUGAGGCCUGUUCUGUGUGUGGGCUAACUGUGUUGUGCUGUAGUGAUGCUGAAAUUCCGAGAGAACAUCUUUUUGUG